AUGCCUCCGCUCGCUAACUUUCUCCUCACAUCUUCGCACGGCAGCCCUCCUCUGAUGCCACGCGAGAGGGGGAACCUAAUUAGAGUUGCGCAGCCUUGGAAGUUGGCGAGUGGGGGGAGAAUUUGCAGGCGGACUCAUGGCGGGCUCCACUGCGACAUGAUUGAUUUGGACUGUCACUGCGCUCAGCUGGAUGCCCUCUCCGUGGCCACAGAAAAGGAUUACAUCGUCUCACAGUUAAGCACCGACCCCCUCAGCAAGACCACCCACGUGAUGUCAUUGUUCCGCCCGACAUCAAAGCCGAGCGGAACCAAUGACAUCACGGGGGGUGUCUGUGCUGAGGGGGGCGGGGCUUAA